UAUCCCUCGACGAACGCAAUGUACCUCGACUACGCCUCCGCCCCGCCCAAAAACAUCCCCAACCCCCCCGGCUAUGCCACGGGCAAGGAGGUCAAGGGCGCGUCGUCGACGACCGCGAGUGCCGCCGCGACGAGCAGCACCGAGCUCAAGCUGAAGCGUGCUUGGGAGGUGGCGUUUGCCCCCGGCAAGUCCCUCCCCAUGCAGGCCAUCAUGCUCUACUUCUCCGGCUCGGGCGUGCAGAUCUUCUCCCUCGGCAUGAUCUUUAUGCUGAUUACUGGGCCUCUGGGCGCCGUGUCGGGCAUUCUGCGGACAUUCGAGCCGUUCCGCAUCGUCGGCAGCGACGGAAAGCCGUCCUACUCGCUCCUUAUCCCCCCUAUGGUCGUGUUCAUCCUGUGCCAGGCGGCUGUCUUCGGCCUCGGGCUCUACAAGUGCUGGACGAUGGGCAUCCUCCCUUCCGGCGCGGCCGACUGGCUCCAGUUCGAGACGCGGCCAGAGGCCCCAGAAUGGUCAGCUGUCCGCGCGUUGAUAUUCGGCUAGUGCAAAAUGGAUUACAUGUGCUAUG